AUAUAUAUACGCAUAUGUGUAUAUAUGUGUAUAUAUAUAUAUAUAAAUAUCUAUAUCUGUAUAUUUUAUUUAAUGGAUAAAGAAUAUGCUACGAGAGAGUGAAGAGAAACUUCGUUAAAGGUAUAUUACUUUAAAGAGUAGCAUAAAGGGAAAUUGAUUACGCGCCUAUUAGAGAAUUUCCGUGAUCUCCGAUUAGAUCGUUCCGACUGAUUUAGAUCGAUCUUUCGAUAAAAUUGAAGAAAACAGAUAGAUGAUUGAAAAGGACGGCCAUCGUCACUUUUGAUUCAGAAUCGAUAAUCGUCCUUACCAACUAAAGAAAGAAAGAGAAAAAGAGAUAAAGACAUGAGAAGACAGUCGUUUGUUUCGGGUUUAAGUAGCGGAAGUACCGGGGAGCCCCUAAUCGUCGUUGAAGAAAGUACACUCAGUGAGGAGGAUGCUGAAUGUCGAAGGAACGAAUCUCCGCCACGUUGUCUGGAUCCUGAUUCCCCCUCCUUGAAUCCCUACCUUCUCUCACCAUGGAGGGAGACCAGGAAACAUUCUCUACCAACUCCACAAUGCACAUCCGGGAUAACAGCAUCCCAAGUACGACGUCUGAGCGAGAGGGGUGGCGAAGGAUCGGGUCCAUCGCCAAGGGAGGCUGCUUUCCUUGCUACAUUAUCGCAGGCACCACAACCUCAACCAGGUGGAAGAAGACAUUCCGUAGUGACGAUCUCAAGGGUACCACCAACUCUAUUUGGUCGUAAUCGUCGAGAAUCUAUUGCGGCAUUUCCACUAGCUGGUUCUUCAAGGAUAUUACCAGGUCGUCGGGAUUCAACCGGGCCACCGAGCAACACUGGAAGUUCUCAUAAUCUUCAAUUGGAUAUAAUGGACGAUAUAGCCAAGAUCAAACCAAGAAAGGUACGUCUGAAAAUGUUCAAAACGCCAUCACGAGAAUGCGUUUGCGAGAUUCAACCUUUAGAGGGUAACAGUUCGAGCCAGCACUACACGCAAUAUCAAAAGCGACGAUUUUCAGAGUUUCCAAUACCCACAGUAUCAUUGACCUCGAAUUCAUCGAUAAGAAGACGAGCCUCUGAAGUACCUAGGCCACCUACGGCAACGGCACCAGUAUCUGGCACGUCUGCGGCUGGUAUCGUUUGUUCGAAUACAGAUUUAAUAUCAAUUUUAAGCUCGCUGACAUCUUCGGCAACAGAGAUAAACAGAUGCGGCGAGGAUGGUCCAUCUUCGUUUAUUCGAGAAGAUGGCAAGUCCAAUUGGUCGAGCAAAACGACCGAACAGAAGCGUAACAAAUUGAAAAGCUUUCGUUCAAAUAGUUUCGACGUAUCGAUUUUACAUGGUACGACAAACAGCAAACAGGCUAGUCCAGGUAUGAAAUCAACAACUUCCUCGAUCAUUGCACCAUCCAAUUGGUUCACUAAACGACAUCAACCAAUGUCGAAGAAACAAAAGAGUGAGGAAUUGGCAACUUCGAGUUUAUCUUUUAAAUUCGAUAAAUCGAAGGUCAUACGUGCGAAGAAUGAUAGUUUGAAUAAGUCACCGCCGUCGAAGGACAACGAGACAAGGCACAAGGUUGUUUGGGAUGAUACUAGCGGUACGAAGGUCGACGCACAAGUCCUUGGCAGUGCAAUCGAGAAAAUUUUAACUGCCCAAAGAGGGAACGACGCGGAAUCUGGUGCUUCGUCAAAUGGAAAACCAUCGGUUUCGCCUAACAAAUCAAGACCCGGAAAAAUGACAGCUUGGUUUUCUUCAGGUGGAAACAAGGAACAAGAACAGACUGAAUCUUGCGAACCAUCGAUCUGUUCAUCUCUUAAAGAUCUCUUCGUAAAGUAGUUUGCACGUAAUACGGUCUAUUCGUUCCUUUUAUCGUAAUUCGCGUUAUACCUUCUCUUCCCUUAAUCGAAAUAAUCGAUUCCCUUUUUAGCUCUCGUUGUACAUUCGAUCGGACAAUAGAAUUCGGUGAUGAACGUGUGUUAGAUCGAGAUAAUAUAGUUUUUUGAGAAACGGAAAACUAUUACUGCGUUUUUUAAUCCAUUUUAUAUAUUAUAUAUAUAUAUAUAUAUAAUAUAUAUAUAUAUAAAUAUAUAAAAAUAUAUGUAUAUAUAUAUACUCUUGUUAGAAUGAAAUUAGUCUAGGAAAAAAGGGGCUUACAUUUUCAAUUUUAGGAAAAUGUAUAUCUACUCGUAUCGGAUAAUAAUUGACAAUCUGUGGACUCCUUGUAAAUUUGUCUGAUUAGUCUCGAUUGAGUAUUUACGAAAUCUUAUAUAUCUAUUAUAUCAAAAUAGAAAUAUUCUUUGAUCUGAUCCUCUCCGAUGUUAUAUAUCUAUACCAAAGAGAGAUUAUAUAUUUACUAAUGUGUAAAAAUCAAUAACAUCUAAAAAGUGCAUGUGAUCGUUCCACCUACCGAUGUUUACAUGUAAGACUUUAAUGUGCAGAAAUCACAUAUUAGACGGCUUCUUUUACGAAACGUUCGAAAAGAAGAUCAGAAAAUUGCACCUUGUAACGACGAAUUCCCAUCGACAUUUUUAUUCAGACAAUUUUAUUUGCUUUUAUUUAAAAUAAAAUUAAAUAAGUAAACAAAAAGGAAGCUGAAAUAGCAACGUUCUGUUGAUAAAAAGAAAAAAAAAAGAAGA